UGUGUAUCAGAAAAUUCAUGGCUUAUAAUUUUUGCAACAUGGCAAGAAAAGAAUUUGUUAAAUGACUAUUGCUUGCAUCCCAAAGGCAAUCCAUUAAAUUUGAGAUUCAAUACAAAAAUUUUGGUAAAAUGUUAUAAUGAUAUAAUUCUUCGAGAAUGGUAUUCGUUAUAUAUGAAUGAUACUCAAGUUUUUCAUUUGGCUACUUGGAAUAAUACACAUGGAUUCAAAAUGUUAAUAAAGGAUAAAUUUCUUUAUUCAAGAAGAAAUGAUGCCGGUGGUGUUUCUUUGCGAGUUAUCGUAUUAAAUACAGGAGUGAUAAGUCAAAAUUUCACAAAACCAGGUGGAUAUUAUAGAACUUUAUUGACUAUUUCGAAGAUCAUAAACUUAAAAUUAAAUGUAACUAUUUUAAAUAGAGCUGUAGUAGGUAAUUGGAAUGAGUACGGUGGUUUAGUGAAGAAAUUAAUUAACAAUGAAACUGAUAUUAUUGUUGGAAAUAUAAUAAUGACUGUAGGUAGAUUAAAUUCUAUAGACUUUGUAACUCCAACUAGUACAAGUCUAGUUCUUUUCAUUCAAGAUAUAAAUGUUAAACAAAAAUACUUGAAUUACUUUAAGACGUUUCAUUAUGAUAUUUGGAUCGUAAUUUUUGUCUUUAUUCUCACGGUACCUGUGAUAUUAACAAUAAUGAAUAUAUACAUAAAUCGUAAUGAAAUUUAUAAUUGGAAGAAUCAAUAUCCGGAUAAUUUAUUUAAUGUUUGGAGAAUGUUUUGUCUUCAAGGGACGUCAGAAUUUCCAAAGGAGACUCCAUUAAGAUUAACUUGGUUUACAAUUUUUACAUCAGCAUUAAUAAUUUCGUUCGUCUAUUCAGGAUAUUUAAUUAAUUACAUAGCAAGACCAUCGUAUGUCCCAUCAUUUAUGUCAUUAGAAAACUUCAUAAAUGAUGCUGCCGGUAAUUGGAAUGAGUUUGGUGGUCUAGUGGCGAAAUUAAUGAACAACGAAACUGAUAUUGCUGUUGCAAAUAUGAUAAUGACUGUGGGUAGAUUAAAAUUGGUAGAUUUUGCAACACCAAUUAGUACAUCACGUCUUGUUCUUUGCAUUCAAGAAACAAAUGUUAAAAGAAAAUAUUUGAAAUACUUUAAGACGUUUCAUUAUGAUAUUUGGAUCGUGAUUAUUUUCUUUAUUCUCACGGUACCUGUGAUAUUAACAAUAAUGAAUAUAUACAUAAAUCGUAAUGAAAUUUAUAAUUGGAAAAAUCAAUAUCCGGAUAAUUUAUUUAAUGUUUGGAGAAUGUUUUGUCUUCAAGGAACAGCAGAAUUUCCAAACGAGACUCCGUUAAGAUUAACUUGGUUUACAAUUUUUGUAUCAGCAUUAAUAAUUUCGUUGAUCUAUUCAGGAUCUUUAAUUAAUUAUCUAUCAAUAAAAUCACCUGUUCCUACAUUUACGUCAUUAGAAAGCUUUAUAAAUGAUGGAACAUACAAAUUGGUAGUUUUAAAAAACAAAUAUAUCUAUCACUUAAUACAAAAUGCAUCAAAAAAUAAUACCGUACUUUUGAAAUUACGACAAUUUUUGAAACAUCAGAAUGAAUUGCCUGAAAAUGACUUUCAAGCUAUUAAAGAGGUAAUAUGUAAAAAAUAA